AUUCAAUCUGUACACUCUGGCUUGAUUUACAUUGGGACUCAAUUGGAGACUCACCCUACACUCCACCAAGCCCUCACAGUGACGGAAAAGAUGACCCUCCGAGGGCUGUGGAAUCUACACUCCGACCAGCAAUGGUAUCGAUUGUGUCAUCGGACAGCACGCAUAGACCCUCCUGAUUCCGGUUCCACACUUCAAAUGCUUGAGCAACUGCGUGACAGCUGGAGCACUGACAGCCUUGGCGAGUGGGAAGCGGUCCCAUUCCGGAGCCCAAUCCACACGACACUCGAUUACGUGUACACAGUCGACCGCGACACAGGCAUUUUCACUAUCUCGCUGUGGGGUGAACGGGCUGGAUCGCUGAUGCCCGCGUGUGUGCGGGUCCCCCUUGCCGCGAUUGAUGCGUCCUGCAAAUUGUCGAUACAGUAUCCGCUUAGGCGGCCGGAGCGUAUGUUCUAUUCCGGCCUCUGUGAGAGUAUCCCAACAAAUAUUCAGCCUAUAGCUCAUGGCCCCCUUGAACUUAACUGCGGAAGUCCCUCCCAAAUGAAUGUGCUGCAGGAGCACCUCUUUAGCGACUUUGUGUUUGCCUGGCGCUAUUACAUCGACGAUCCAUCCACGUGGAGUCACGACUCGCCGGUCUUCCGGGUGCUAAGCGUUGCGUUUUUGCGUCUAGCAGCCUGGGACUUUGAAGUCUCGCGUGAUGGUAACCCCGACCUUCCAAUCUCAUUCAAGUCGAUACCAAAAUGGAAGUAUCCGGAGAAAGACAUUUUCUGGUUUCAUGGGUUCCUGAUUGUUCUUCAGGAAGAUGCAGAUCCCGAUUCCAUGAUAGGUAGAACACUUUCCAAGACUGACGAAUUGCUUGGUGGGUUACCUUCGUAUCACACAGUACGCUAUGUGCUCUUCACUCCCCAUCACAUCACCUUGAUGGAGCGCUCGAAUGGUAAAGUUUCCUUAUCUCAGGAGCUGGUACUGCUGGACAACCGUGCCGGAGUCCGGUGCACGCCUGGCUUCCGUGUGCUGAGUCGGAUAUUGACUUCGGGCUGCUGGAAAAAGCCUCAGGCUGAUAGAGAAAAGUGGAAUCCAUUCAUCCCGCCAGAAAUCCUCACGAGAAUUCUCCAUCAACUGGAACCUCGCGAUACUGUAGCACUGGCGCAGGCUUCCUUGAAGACGGAGCAAUGCUACUACGCCACACUUCCCCAGCUGACGGGUAUCAACGUACAGGACUGCGGUUCAUCUAUCCCCUGCUGCGGCCAGAGGGGCGGGCUGAACGAGCCCGGCUAUCGCUGCCCUGGGUGCUUUGCGUGGCAGCACUGGCGAUGUGCCAGCUCACAACAUCACUCUUCACUCAGCGACGCUCUGUGUACCGAGUGUGACGAGCUUGAAAAUGACGGGGUGCUUGACCCUGGUGGCAUCAACCGGUACUGUCGCCGGAAACAUCGUGAGGACUGCCAGAUCAGGUGUGGAGGCGGCGCAAAAUCUCUGCGCCUUCGACUAUCCCCUCCCGCGCACCUUCGGCCGGAGCUACGUUUCAAUGGGAGGCUCAACACCGUUGGUCCCAGUCAGAUCGACUACACGAUUACAUUCAAUGGCUCGUUCUCUGGCUUAGCUUACGGUGUGGAUCCUUAG